AUGCUUACAGCACCUUCUCGUGCAACCUUGCGGAAAGAACUCAAAACCAAACAUAUUAGCGUAAUUGGAGAAGAAGAAAUUAAGCAAAUUAAAUCUUAUCGUGCAAAUAAACUUUCGAAGUUAACUGAUAUGCAAAUCGAUGCAAUUAAGAAUCAUUCGGUGACUGCCUCCUACAAUUCGGAAGCUGAGAGUAAUAAUGAGGAAGAAAAUAAUGAUACUGGUGCAAUGUUUUCUGACAAUUAUGAUGCUCGUUAUAUGAUUAUGAUUUAA